AAAGCACAUCAAAUCAGGAGGCAGAUAGGAAGUCCCUUCAGCUCUUUAUUGUCCAUAAUCUGACAAGGUUUUAGGUUAGCCACAAGAGUUAGUAAUGAAAAUUAAAGACAGAUACGGGGAAGAUGGAAAUUCGAGUGAUAUGAACACUCUCAGCAUUUCAGACAAGAUUGGGUUUGCUUCAGCUGCUACCACAACCUUUCAGAUAAGUGAGCCUCGAAUCCAAAGAAAGCCAUCUACAUGCUGUGCCUGGGCAGUCCUCGUCAUUUACCUGCUGCUGCUGACAGCCAGCCAGGGGCUGCUGGCAUACAAAGUUUUUAAGAUGCAGAGAGAGAUACUGAAAUUUCAAGAACGAAAUACCUCCUCUAUAGAAGAGAUUGUGGAAAGCUCCUUUCCCAGCAAACUGCUUUUGGAGAGAAACUCUAGAGAGAAGCCCAUGGGACAUGAAGGAGAAGACUGGAGGAGAAGCAUGGAAGAGGAAAUCACUAUAAUUAAAAGCAACAAUGCAAACCUGAUGAUGAUGAUGAACAACAUCACCCUGGUUGCAGGGCCUCCUGGACGGCAAGGAUAUCCUGGUCCACCAGGGCUACGGGGACUACCAGGGAUAAAGGGAGAACAAGGAUUCCAAGGCUUACGUGGACUGCCGGGUGAGAAGGGGAGCAAAGGAGAUGCUGGUACUCCUGGCCCACGUGGUGAACCAGGAGUGGGAGGAGAGAAAGGAGAGAUGGGUCUUGCAGGUCCUCAAGGACAGAAAGGUGAAACGGGCAGGAAGGGGGACCCUGGGCCCCAUGGACCAAUGGGUCCUCAAGGAGAGCAGGGAGUCCCAGGACUGCCAGGUUUCAAAGGUAGCACGGGGGAGCCUGGACAUCCUGGGCAGAAAGGAGAGGCAGGCGUAACCGGACCACAGGGACCUCAGGGAAUUCCUGGAAUCGAAGGCAGACCUGGUCAGAAAGGGGAGAAGGGGGACCUGGGGCCCAGUGGUAGUCCAGGAAUACCAGGCAUUCAAGGACUCAGAGGUGAAAAGGGUGACAAAGGAGUACCAGGUCUUCCAGGGCAAAAAGGAACAAAGGGAGACCAGGGCCUACCAGGCAGCCUAGGCCUGACUGGUCAAAAAGGAAGCAAGGGUGACCAUGGCAAUCAGGGUCCAAAAGGAGAACAGGGAGUAAAAGGAGCCAAGGGAGAACAUGGAUUCCCUGGCUCACCAGGAACAAAAGGGAGCAAAGGUGAAAAAGGAGAAGGCAGCUUGAGUUCUCUUGUACGAAUUGCGGGAGGGGGCAAGAGAGGCCGUGUGGAAAUCUUGCACGAAGGGUCAUGGGGAACAAUAUGUGACGAUGGCUGGAGCACCAAAGAUGCCACUGUGGUCUGCCGAAUGUUGGGAUACAGUGUUGCAAUAGAUGCCUUCACAGCCACAGCAGGCUCUGGACAAAUUUGGCUUGAUGACGUGAAUUGCAGAGGGCAUGAAUAUUCAAUUUUGGACUGUGAAAAACCAAACUGGGGUGUGAACAACUGCUCGCACAAUGAGGACGCUGGGCUGGAGUGCAUUUGAUGGGACAGAGAGGCUGCCCUGGGAGCCGCUGCCUGCCUCUGCUCUCUAUGUGUCUAUGCUUCAUAAUGUGAGCCCAAUUUCAUCAGUCUGUGCUUAUGGUCUCUUUACCAGGUCAUAGUAAUAUUGACAGAGAAAGUUGAAUUUUCCAUAAAUUGAUAUUGGUUUCAAGACCCAUGGGUAACCUGAAACAUUCCAGCUGUCACAAAACAACCAGUGCCCUGGCACGUGAGUCAGUUCACAGCUUUUCCAGUUACCUGACAGCAGCUCAUCUGCAGUAGCUCCCAUGUAUGUGACCUCUGAGUCCACAGAGAAGGAGAAGUGGUCCACUUCAGCUUAGUGCAGUAGGAGAGAACAGGAUCAGUGUGCAGAAACAGGUAGUUACUGCAGCUGAGCUGGCUAGUUCAUCUUCAUCACAGUACAGUUGUGAAUCUAAGCCUAAACCCCCCAGUGAAGUGCAAUCAUCCAAGAAAGCAGAUGCUCAGAAAUCAUCAGAUGAUCUUUCUGGCAUGCAAAUAGAAAUGUUCUCCAGAAACUAUGCUGAUCACAGCUUAAAGUACAAAAAUAAGUGCUUGGGAUCUAAGUGCCAUACUAUCCUGGUUUAGCACAGACCUUGAUUUUGACCUUGGCCAAGUCCCUGACUCAUCUGUCAGUGUUUCCUAACCUGUCCCCAGAAGCAAUGCUCUUUACCUUAUUUGGUGCAUAAAGCUAAGCAUUUCACACCUUUAGAAAUUAGAUGCUUCAGCAAAGCAAAAGAACAAUGAAUAAAGUUAUAAUGAGAAAGUAUCAACUAAUUAAACUUCUAGAGUGAAAAUAUGGACCCCAAACUGUGGGCUUCUACCUUACCUGAAAGUGUUAUAUGUGUCUGAGAUAAUAACUGAGGGGCUUCUCUUUCUUAAGGAUUUUUUUUCUUGAGUCUUACCCUUUUCCACCAGCACAGGGCAUUCGGGAGGUGACAAGUAGCCUCUGUACAUGUAGCAGGGCACUUUGCAACAACCUCCUUGUGUACAUUUGGUUCCUGGCUCUGGUUUAGAGAAGGCAAGGAGUACUUGCCACAAACCCUGAUAGUCCUGGUACUUCUUAGCUGGUGGAAGCAUGAAAACAGUGGCUUAUCUGAACAAGAAGAGGCAAAAGCUUUCUGUUCUGAUAGGAAGCCCUAACAGCACUAAUGUAUGCUGAGUACCAGUGCUUCGGGUAACACAGCUUUCUGCAGGGCUCCCACAGACAGUGCUGAGCCUGCAUGGGUUUCCUUCAUCUUUCUUUGUAUGUCAGUGUGUAAAUAAAAUGUUUGCACUAUUAGGAGA